UUGUAAACAAAACCGGGUAUUAAUCACUAUUUCAAACAAUUGGAAUUUUUCGCUAUGUUGGGAUUUUUAUUGUUAAAACCAAUCUGAAUCAAAAUAUAAGAUACUGAUUUAUCUUAAGUUUAUUUACAAGACAAUACUUCGAUAGAUAUUGAGGUUCUACAGUAAUUUCAAGUUUGUGCUUGAUCUAGAUGACAUUGAAUAUCAACAGUAUUUAAAUCUUUAGACCAUUCAACAAGAAAAAAUGAAAUAUGACACGUUUUUCUUUAAAAGAUACAGAAAAAAAUGACACAAUAGCAAUCCCAGAAUGUGAAGAACCUUUAUUGAAAUCCUCCUCUUCUGCAAACGAUGAUAUAUUCGAUAAACAAUACUUAUUUAUGAAAAUAUCUCUUAAAUCUGUAGACAUAAUUUUAGCCUCAACAAUUUUUUGUUUUCUUGUAAUAUGUUGUUGGCGAGGAGCAUGGGAAUUGUUUGAUAUCUACGAUAAUUAUUUCCCUACUUAUGAAUCCUUUUGCCUGACAAUGGUCAUUUACCUUGUCUUGGCUCUUUCUCAGCAUACUUUCCAAGAUAUAGUGGAUCAACCAGCUGAAACUUCACUCAGAAAGUAUUUUAAUUUAUUGAUUAUGAAAAUGCAUUUUUAUAUAUUGUUAUUUGCAACCAUAAUGCUUUUUAGAACAGGUUCUAAUAUAUAUGAUGAUAUUGUUAAUGUAUUCCAUGGAAUAGGAUUAAAAUUUAAGUUUUGGGAUGAUGAUUGCUCAGCUUCAAGUGUAAUCCUGACUGUUAUAGUAGUUGCAGUUUUGACAUGGAUUCGGGGUAUGGCAAAUUUGACAACUGCUCCUAUGGAUAUCACCUGUGAUGGCAAAGAUGAUAUUUUUCUCAUAGAAUGUACAUUUUUUAAGAUGGGAGAGAGAACAUCUUUAUAUGUAUUAGACUGCCUUUUUUCUAUACUCGUAGUGGGAACAUUGGUUGUGUUCGUUUGGAGAGGAGUAUGGCAACUUAUAGAUAUAUUUCUAUUUCCAAAUGAUGAAAUUUUUUCGUCUUGGAGUAGUUUGGUUCUAGGAUAUCUAGUAGUGGCUUCAGCGUUCCUUCUUCAACCGCUGAUGAAAUAUUUGUGUGAAAGACUGACUGGAACUACACGUUUGUUGAUUGCAGAUACAUUUGUUUUGUACGCCUUAUUCGGCACCGUGAACGUAUGGAGAGGGAUAUGGAAUUUAUUAAAUAUUUAUUUUUUACCAGAUAAUCUAGAAAUGAGUUGCUGGAUAACUCAUUGGGUCAGUCUCAUCAUCCUCAUCUUGUGCCGCUGUUCAAACUCGCUAUUAGUUCGAGGCGUCUACAUAGAUGCAGAAGAACCAGCUGGAAAAUGUGUGGUAUUCCCUUGCUACUAUCUCAGAGUCAUCUUCCGCAAGAAAAAACUAAAGAAACUCAACCUAGCAACAAUGUCGUUGAACGAUACAAUCAAAAAAGUGAAUCAUAAAGAAAGUGCUAGCAACCACGUCGUCAAAAUUAGCACGAUCAGUGAUACUGUCGAAGAAAAUUGCGAUACUAAACAAUGUAAAUGAAUGUUAAAGAUUUAGAACAAAUAAUUCUGAGA